UUAGUCAGAUCUCUGCCUACCGUUGACCACGCCAGAGCUAAACCCGCAUUCCCGCAUUUCCAGCACUGCGUCCUAGCGUCGACUGUGUUGUGUGUCGGUCGAUGCGUUACUGUCACGGUUCCCCAUAUUAAAGUUCGUGUCCGUGUGAUCGUAACGUGUUAGUAUGUGGUGUUGGAAAAAAAAUAGUGAAAAGUGAAGCAAAGAAAAACUGUGUCGCUUAAAGUGGAAAUUCGACCAAAAAAGUGAGCACACUAUCGAAUACCGGUGUGAAAAAAUUAAAAUCCAACCCUAGCAAGCAACAGGAUAAGUGAAGAGCAAUCGGAAAGGAAAAAAGGUGAUCAUUUCCUCCCUUUUGUUUGUGUGCGUGUGCCCACCGUGCCUCAAAGGGGCUAACAAUAAUUCAUUUAUUACCGACCAAAUCCAAAAUCGUGUCCCUUGCGUGAAUCGUGCAAUAACAAAAAGGGAAAGGAAAAUCCGCACCGUACGCAGACGAGAAGUGGAAUUUUUCCACCCGUUCCACUCCGGAAGGACACCGUCAAAUUGAAGGUUGCGCAUUAUAUUUUUCCUUUAAUUGGAUUAAACCACCCGCACACCCGGCACACCCGGGAAAUUCGGAAACGUCCGGAAACGAAACGCAUCAGAACUACCAUCAUCGCCGGUCGGUCCGUGUGUUCGGACAGCCGUGUAAGCGGAUGCUGUACGCGCACCGGUGGUACCCCGGUUCCGGUUCUGGACGGGAGCUUAAAUUUACGUGUAUCACCCGGUGUGCUUUCCACUGAACGAUGAAUAUUCGAAUGAAAGCGUUGUGAUUAUGGUGGUGCCUUUGUGCGGCUCGGAAAAAGGCCACUGUGCAUCUCCAGCGUAAACACGGCUACGGUCCAGCGUGUGUGUCUCUGUGUGUGUGUGUGUUUAUGGAGUGUUUUUCCUACCCCAAGUGAACCGUGAAUUACUCUACAGCUGCUGAGAAUCUGGUCCAUUUUUCUUUUAACAGCCCCUUCAACCAUACGGUCGAUACCGGACCGGACCAGACCUUGAAGCUUGUGAAGAAACGUUGAGCUUGAACGCAUACGUUAGCGGAAACAUAAGCCCUCAUCUCGGCAUCGAACAGUGGACGAUCAACCCAACAGGAGGGACGAUGAAAAGUGCAUUCCAGGAACUCGCUCACCCCAACCUGGUUGAGCUGAACCGGAAAAAGUGAACGACGUACCGAGCAUGAUCGAACGGAUUCGUUGUGUUGUGCUAGUGAAGUAGACAGCGUAUCCAGCGUACGGUGUACUAGUGUUGUUGUGUUGUGACUGUGCCACCAGCAUCAAUCCGUAGGACGAGCUUGUUGAUCACCAAGCAAUACCAACUGUGCUACGGCAAAUUUUCCACCCCAGGUUCCAUAUCCCAGCACGCUUAACCGGUGUACGAGUGAAAAGAAAAAAAACACGAGCUUGGCACUCACAUCCGGAAAUUCACUUCACAGUCCACGCUCAUAAUUUCCCUUCCAGCCCCUUUCUUCCCACACCCCGUCCAUCCUCCGCGAUUACGGCUUUCAAUGGUGAAUCUCGUCGAGCGGGCAACCACAGACACGACGACGACGACGCCACCAUCAUCACCACCGACGACGACGCCGACGGCUACAGAUGUGAGCUACAGCUUGCCCGCUAGCCUAUUUCCCUCGACUGUGCCAACGGUGGCCACCGGCUCACCUGUAGCCGAGAAUCGGUUCCCGCUAUUCCUUGACCAGCAGGCGGCCAGUACGGCGCCCGACUCCGACAACGACAACGAUCGAAUAUCCACCGAUGAGGAUGAAGACCAGACCAAGCACCGUCAGAACCAGCGCGACAAAGCAGCAGCAGUAGAUAGGUCACAGAAUCGUAGAAUUGGACACAGAUCGGCAGCGUCACCAUUGUCUCUUAACGGGACGGCGAAAAAACGCUGUCUUCGCCCACCGACCCCAUCAUCGUGCAGUGCCAAUCUAGUCCCACUGACGGACGGUGACUUACAGCCAACGGCCACGGAGUGUGGUGACGCCAGCGUCACGAACGGUACGGACCAGCAGCACGAGAUGACAUCGACCGUUGCAGCCGUCACAGCAGCCGCUGCCAACAAAGCCGUCGCAGCACUGAUGCAGUACCGACAGCAGCAGCAACAGCAAUCACAGCAAGCGUCAUCAGCAAAUCAGAUGGUCCAGGGGAUGGGACCGUUUCCGGGCACACCCGGUUUCCCGCCGGGCGCAGCACAAACCGUCAGCACAGACAGUCUGUCGGUACAGGUGGUGAAAGGCGCCACGGGAGCCGGCGGUGGUGGUAGUGCUGGGGGUGGUGGUGGCGGUGGCGGCGGUGGCGGUGGAGGAGGAGGAGGUGGGGCGGUGACGUUGGAUCAGCAUUCGCUCAGCACACUGAAGCAGCAGCAGGACCAUCACAAUGCAGCCGUUGCAGCUGCAGCAGCAGCCGCCGCCGCUCAGAUGAAUGCCGUCGCCACGACACAAACGUUGCGAAAUUCUGUCAGUCAAUUUAGCCCCUCGUCAGUAUUGGGCGCCCCGCCAGCAACGUCGAUAGCCGUAUCGCUGGCACCACUAUCACUGCCAUCUACCAUGGUCAGCGGGGCCGGGUCAGGUAAUGGGGUGCCGGUGGCUGCUGGAAUGGCUGCCGCCAUGAACGCGAACGGUGGAUCACCAGGCGCCUCCACCAAUGUGAAUGCAACGCCGAACGGUGGCGCAGCGCCACCGGGUGCGCUGAACGGGGCGGUCAGUGUGACGGGAGCACCCGGCGUCAACGGUAGCGCGGCAGCGAGUGCUGCGAACGGUACCGUGGCACUUUCGAACGGGAUUGAUCAACAGACUGUCAGCAUGUCCGAUUUACUGCAGCAAACCGAGCAGGAAACACCCAACAACGUAUCAAGUGCCAACACCGCAGAUGCCGCCACGUCGGUUCUGAGCAGCGUCAGCAACAAUAACAGCGGCGUCAACAACCAAACGAAUGCGGCCGUGUCGGCGGCCAUCGCCGCAGCAGUCAAUUCAAUAAGCAGCAACACCAGCCCCAACAACGCCAUCAACACGAGCAAUAGCGCCGGCACCGUGAACGGGAGCAGUAGCAACAGCAUCGUCAGCAGUAUGGUUGUGACGGCCGCCGGACCGAUCGGGGCCGGCACCACGACCGUCGUUUCGGCCAUUCCUCCCACCAUGACCUCGUCCGCGUCGGCGGUAGCGCUCGCGCAGCAGCAUCACCAGCAAACGAUACAAGCUCAACUGCAACAGCAGCAACAGCAACUCAAUGGCCAACAAACGAACCAACACCAGCAGCAACAGCAGCAGCAGCAGCAGCAGCAGGUGGUGGUCAGCAGUCAGCAACAGCAGUCCCAAAGCGUAGCAGCAGUCGUCGCAGCGCUGACUGAUUCGAAAUCCCAACCAAAGCGGCUACACGUGUCCAACAUACCUUUUCGCUUUCGUGAUCCGGAUCUACGAACUAUGUUCGGGCAAUUCGGUUCCAUACUAGACGUAGAGAUUAUCUUUAAUGAGCGUGGCAGCAAGGGAUUCGGUUUUGUAACAUUCGCUAAUAGUAGCGAUGCGGAGCGAGCACGCGAACGUCUUCACGGCACUGUGGUUGAGGGACGCAAGAUUGAGGUCAAUAAUGCAACCGCACGAGUUCAAAGUAAAAAAGCUCCUGCUGUAUCAAGCGUGUUUCUGACGAAACAAGGCGCCGUCUCGGCCCCGUCACUGGCAGCCGUUUGUGUCCCGUGGCCGGAAGCCGGUAUACCAGGACAUCCCGCACUGUUGCAUCAUCCAGCACUUGCUCAACAUCUUCCCCAUCACCCCACCCUGUCCCUUUCGCAACACCUCGCCCACCAACACCACCACCAGCAGCAGCAGCAGCAGCAACAACAGCAACGGCAUCCGGGCGUUCCUAUUCAUCUGCACCAUCACCAAGGGCCAGCACCGCAGCCCCAUCCGAUGGCAUCGGUUAUUGCCGGGUUAGCACGAAAUGGCGCCACCAGACAUCCGUCGCUAGCCAACAUACCGGGACUCGCAGCGAAUGGAAACGCGACCGGUACUGCCACAGGUACCACAACAAACGGAGCGAACGGAACGCCCGGUGCUGCUGCUAAUGGAACUGCGGCUGGUGGUGGUGCGACGGGUGGCGGCGCGACCGGAAACAUGGGUCCAGCCGCAUUGCUUUCCGGCCAUCAUCCGGCGACCUUUGCAUCUUUGAAUGGGCACGCGGGUGCGAUAGCCGGCUACCCGUCUGUUUACUUCGACCCGUAUCUGGCCGCGGCAGCAGCAACAGCGGAUCCCAACUAUCGCCUGCAGGCCGCUAAACCGGUGACGGAGGUUCAAGCACAACCUACCAUUUUGAACGCGGCAGCACCACUGCUGAAGACACCACUCUCGCAGGCACAAGCUCAAGCGCAGGCAUACUCGGCCAGCUAUACGGCCGCCGCAGCACGGGCCGCGUAUGGAGCAGCAGCCGCCGCAGCUCAACCGACCGUUGCCGGCUAUACGACAGUCGCUGGCUACGGACGUGCGGAGUAUCCCGAUCCAUAUCUAGGACACGGUAUCGGACCCGUGCACGGCUAUGGGGCCACCAUGUACCGAGGAGGAUACAACCGUUUUGCACCGUACUAAGAGGCAGUGGGUAGAGAGCGCCACCAGGAUUCGCUCCACAGAAUCCCCACUGACACCUUCCACGUAAAAACUGAUACCCUACCCGACGUAAGAACAAAAAUGCUUCCUUCCGUUUCGGUUCCGUGGCCCAUAGCUUUUGCUGCGUAUGCUGGGACGGCUAGAAGCGAUUCUUCAUCGCGCUCUUUAACGCUCAGUAGUAGCAGUAGAUAUCCCCCCCGACAGGGAAGGAUAUUCAAAAGGACACAAGAUAUCCGUUAUAGCAAUGGCGAUUACUAUCGCGACAAGCAUGCAAGAAAACAAAAUGGACGCACCGGAAGUAGUAGGUAAAAGGUACGGAGGAACGUCAGACCCGCGACUAGUAAUUCCGCGACUCCUCUUACAUUAUGUUUUGCUUUACAUCAAGAGCAAAGGCUCUCUCUCUCUCUUUUGUGUGUUCGCGUUCCUGUGAGACGUGUUUGUUUUUUUCUUCCAUAAUCAAUUCAACACUUGAAACAAAAAAAGGUGUUGUAACAAGUAGUAGUAACAUCGAAACCAAAGCACAACAUGGAAAGGUUUAAGCGGGAAAAAGGGAAAGUCCUCUCUCCGUUUCAGGGAGAAACGCAUGUGGCGCACAAACAUAGACAUCACAAAGAAUGCCCCAAAGUAAUUGAGGAGGGGGCCUCUUAGCUUUUCACGUACGAAGUAAUUCAAAUUUAUUCAUUAGCCAUUCGACUUCGAUAUUUUUGCUCCUUUCAUUAAGGAUUGUAGGUUUAGGUUUGUUUUUUUGUUUUUUUUCUUCUUCGAAUUAGUUACCUCUACAUGAUCGAGGUAUAUAUAUCUUUAUUUUCUAUUCCUUAUUAUUAGAAGGAAAAUCCAUUCACCUAUUACUCCUGGCUCUCCAUCACAGUAACAAGCAAAGGGCAGCUCUCUAAUCAUAAUGCAAAAGAAGUGUAAGUGUCGAGUUCUUCCAACCGCACACACACGCACGCACGCACGCACUUUUGUUGAUAUUUUAAAAAAACACCAAAGAAAAUGUGAAAAGCGGAAAAGCCCGGCGCGGAGUGGAUGGAACAGCACCAAGAAUCUCUGUGUGUGUUUAGGAGCAGCUUAAUUUAAUGUUUGUCUCGCCCAAGCCUCUUUUGGUUUUGUUUUUCCUUAUCGAGUUUUCCUGUUUAAAUCGUUGUGUGAUGCGCUUUUCCCUCAAUUUGUGUUCGUUUUCUCACUCAUUAAUACUCAUCAAAGGGCAGGGCAGGUGUAAUAAUAAUAAUAAUGUGUGUCUGGAUACCACGAGAGUGUUGCUCAAGUUCUAUCGUCCUGCAAACCUCCGAACGGAAAAUAAAGGAAGAAGGAUAGCCAAAGGUCCUUUACGCGAUAAGGUUAGAGGGCAAUUACAUCACAAUUAUUUCACCCACAAUGUGUGCUAUUUGUGAUAAGAAGUAUCUCUGAUUGGUUUAAAUUGUAAAAUGCGCGCCAACACAGACCAACGCAAAUCUUCCCCGUACAACGGCUACGACUUCCGAUAUACAAAAGAAAACGAACGCACAAUUUAACUAGAAUCACCACCAACUGAACUCGUUGCUUUAGUGUAUUUUGUUGCAAAACCCCCUUAACCAACCACCUCGUUCUUUGUGCACAAAAAUAUGUUUAGCUUAAGUUCGUUUGUCCCCCAAAAGUUGGCUUCCAGCGGUCGUCCAUCCCGAACGAUUUUUUUUGUUUCUUUCGGGGGGGAAAAUCACGAUCAACAUUUUUGAUGGAAUGAAGGGGAAAUUAGAGUAAACUAAACAUUAAAAGAAGCCCUUCCGUUUUUGUCCCAAACAGCGCAACCAAAAUUCAAGGCAAGAAAAUAUCGCUCAAGAAGAAUAAGGCAGAUAUGGAAGGUACGUUCGUUUGGUUUUUCUUCUCCCAACUCACUUCUUUGCUGCAGCAUAAUUAAAAAAAAGUCCCCAAAAAAAGGGGAUCCAAAUAUUGUACCCUACAACCCCCCUCCACAGAGUAGAACCAGUCUACUAACGAGUAGCGAGAGGUUUGGUAGCGUUUUAAGAAGGUGAUGAGUGCAACGCAAAAACAAAGCCCUUGUAGAAAUCUCAAACCCGCUCGAUAGGAAGUAGCAGUGUGAGUUGUGUGUGUGUAAGUGUAUUGCAAGUGCAAGCAAAGAACCCACGCGCGCCAAUUCGAAUAUACAAAGCAAACGAACGAUGACGAAUGAUGCUGCUGCUGCUGCUGCUUUCUAUUGCUGAUCUAUGUAAAAAGUACCAAAACCGCCGCCACCAUUCGUAUAUUCUUGUCCCUAAGUAGCAACAAGUCACGUGAUGAUCGCUCCAACGCUCUCCCGCUCUUUGUUUUUUCCUUCCACCGUUCACUACCAAGCAGUGAUGGCGUUGGAAAAAAAAAGAAAACUCACUACUAAAUAAUUAAUAACAAAUAGAAAUCCAAAGCCAUUAUACGCGUCCUUAGACUAGUGAAGCAGAAAUAUGGGAGGGGGGGGAAACAGAAAGAGAAAAGCAGCAAGCAGAAAAGCUAUAAAUUAGUGGUUAACCGAAGAAAGAAGAAAAAAAAAGGCGCAAAAGAAAAGAUUAAAAGAAGAUAAAACAGAGUGAACAAUUCACCCAAAAAAACGUACAAGAAAAGGAGGAAAAUCGAAGGCGUAAAGGAAAAGCAACAAAUAUCGUCAAACGCGUCUCGCAGCAGAAUUUGUGUGUGUGAACGCAGCCAUAUUAAACAUUAGUCGGCAUUCACAACGGUUCCGUUGUUUUUGCAACAGUUUUUUGUUUGUUUUUUUUUUUGUCCUCUUCACGUGUUUUUUUAUACUAUCAUUAUUUUAUCGUAGACUUAAGGAUACAUACACCGUAGCAUAUAUAUAUACAAUUAGAUAUGUUGUCGUAAGCAUCACCAUCAUCUACCUUUUUUUUCGUAAUGUAUCGUUUCGCAUUGUUUUUAGCAAGAGGUUUUACAGGCUUUCUCAGGCUAGGUUCAACAGUGUAACACUUUAUUUCGAUACCUUUAGCCUUCUCAGCAAGGGGAAAACAAACAUUCAACUGCGUAAAAUCUUAACUCGACUAAGGAAAACCUGCCUACUAGACUGUCAGAGCUGUCAAGCAGCAUGUUUAUACUGCGUGAUUCGAUGUUAUACUGUUUGAUAUCUCAUUUUUUUUAAACUUCAAUUAAUUUAUAAAGGUAAUUCUAUUAGAUUUUUUUAUUCUUCAUGUUGAGAUAUUUUAAUGCUUUUUCUAUUGCAUAAAGCAUUCUUCCCCUUUGCCACCACAAACUCGAAAAGGUCUCUGCUCCACCAUUGCUGGCUUUAUUGUUAGAGUUUGAUUGUUGAAGCUGAAGUUGUCAACAGCUGACGAUAAAAAUUCAUAAAAAUACAACAAAUUACGAGGCAUAUCCUCCCUGAAACGGUCUGGUUGGGAUUUAAACCCAAGCUCUUUCGUGUGAAGUUCGGUGCCAGAUUGAUUAAAAACGAUUGAAAUGAUACGGGAAUUAUCAGUUCGAAACCAAGUAGUAUUUGCUUUCUUUCUUUGGCACUACAACCACCAAAAGCCAUCUCUGACAUCCUGUGACUUGAUUUAACCCGUAGAAAGGUAGUCAGUCUGGAUGGGAUUUCAUCACCGGUCCAGACCACCCCAACCAAGUUGUAUGAACCGCAUAUAAAAUAUUAUGUCAAAAACAGCUCCGUCAACUAGCCAAGUUUUCCAUUGUCGAGAUGGGAUUUUACGAAGUUGAAUGUAUGUUUUUUCUACAUAGAGAAUGGUAAGCGAAGUUACAAUAUUUAACUGGUCUGAGAAACCCUGCAUGGUUCGGAUUUCUGUUCUCAGUGCUUCCGAUAGCAUUCUCAUUCUUACAAAACUAAAUCUCAACGCUACGCUACACUAAAAGCGAAGUAUAAUUUCGAUCGAGCUUAAUAAAAUGCGGCCAACAAGAAUGUUAUUUUGAAGCUAUCCAUUUUUCUGUCCGGUUGCCCUCUCUUUUUCUCUUAAUGCAUCGCUAGUACAGCGAGAGUUUUAUGAAGGUAGCUUUAACGUACUUCCAAAUUUUACUCCUGAAAAAGCGCAACAAACCAUACAUACACACACAAAAAAAAAAUCACGUUCGCUUCCCUUUUGUGGGGAGCGUAAUGGCCGGCCGUGGCGGCAUAAUGGAGUGCUCAAAAGAAAAUGAAAAAACGCAUAACUUUAUGGGAAUCGAUAAAGCAGUACGUGAAUAUAAAUAUAUAAAUAUAAAGACUUAUGCUACAAAAAAAAAAAACAAACAAAGAGGAAAACCAGUGAAAGCGAUAAAAAAAAUCGAAUUGCCACCGCCACCGCAUCCACCUAAGAAAAACGUACUUCCCUCCCGGAUACCACUUAUCUUCCCCCGUUUCUGUGUCAUAGCUGGUAGUGUAGUACCUAGUAGUGGUGCGUAUCUUCCCUCAAGAAAGGCACAAAAAAAGGAUAGAUUCAACUAUCAAUUGUGUGAAGAAUAUCUCCAAAAAAAACAGAAAUAUACACUUAUAGCAGCACUUGAAACAGAAAACAGACGAAAAAGAAACAAACGCGCAAAUUCAAAUUGAAGCAAAGAAAAAAAAUGGAAGAAAGAUAACACGGUGAUAACAAAAAGCAUAUAAAAAAGAAAGGAAGAAGAAAAGAAAAAGGAAGGCAAGGAUAAAUCUCUGCUAAACGCAAUGUUAGAACGAUACAUUUUAAGAAGAUUAAAUAAAACAAACAAACAAACAAAACAAAACCACGAGAAAGGAAGCAAAGGAAGCAAAAUGCCGCAUCUCGUUUUCGCCAAAUUAUUAAUAUUAAUAGACAACAAAACAGAAGAAGAAGAAGAUACAGACACACAUACAGACGAACAAACAAAACAACAAGACACACACACACACAAACACAAAUAAAAGCAAAACAAAAGUAUAUAAAUUUAUUCUUACUCAAAAACUAGCGUUUAAUGGUGAAUAAUGUGCAAAACAGGAGAAGGUAGAUCAGACAGACAAACCCCCUUUUUUUCGGUGAGUCGGGUGUGUAUGUGUGAAUGUGUAACUGAAAAUUUGAAAAAAAAUGCGGUAAAAACCCAUUUCGUUACUCCAACCCAUACCAAAACCCAUUUAUUUACUCCAACAACAAUGAACCGAAAUCAAAGAGAAGUGAAACAAGCAAGAACAAAUAGAACAAAUGCUACAAAGUAAACAAUAGAAGAUGAAAACGUGAGAGCACAAAACUUCAACAUGAAGCUCAAUAAUGAAACCAGCACAAACAAAUGAAAAAUAGAAAUUGGUAGAAAGAAAUAGAACCCAAAGCAAGAAAUGCACAAACAACCAGAAUUUGUUCCCAGCAUUGGUCCAGGAAAAACUUAAAAU